AUGGUGAGAUUUUUGAAUUUGAUCAAGCCUGUUAUGUUUUUAUUACCAGAGGUUCAGUCUCCAGAUAGAAAGUUACCAUUUAAAGAGAAAUUAUUAUGGACUGCUGUUUCUUUGUUUGUUUUUUUGAUAUGUUGUCAAAUACCAUUGUAUGGUAUCGUCACAAGUAAAUCUAGUGAUCCUUUUUAUUGGAUGAGAGUUAUAUUAGCUUCUAACAGAGGUACUUUAAUGGAAUUAGGUAUAUCUCCUAUUGUUACUAGUGGUAUGGUUAUGCAAUUAUUGGCAGGUUCUAAGAUUAUAGAUGUUGAUCAGAGCUUGAAAGAAGAUCGUACAUUAUUUCAAGGAGCACAGAAGUUAUUAGGAUUAUUGAUUACCUUAGGUGAAGCUAUAGCAUAUGUGAUAAGUGGAAUUUAUGGAAAUAUAUCUGAGAUAGGUACUGGACAUGCCAUAAUAAUUAUACUUCAGUUAUUUUUUGCCGGUGUUGUAGUUAUAUUAUUAGAUGAAUUAUUGCAGAAGGGAUAUGGAUUAGGUUCUGGUAUUUCAUUAUUUAUAGCAACGAAUAUAUGUGAAACAAUUAUGUGGAAAUCUUUUAGUCCUACAACAAUAAAUACAGAUAAAGGAAUAGAAUUUGAAGGUGCAAUAAUAUCAUUAAUUUAUUGUUUAUUUACAGAAUCAAACAAAAUAUCUGCAUUGAAAAAAGCUUUUUAUAGAACACAUGCACCUAAUGUUACUAAUUUGUUAGCUACCAUAUUAGUGUUUUUGAUUGUUAUAUAUUUACAAGGAUUUAGAGUUGAUUUAUCUGUUAAAUAUCAGAGCGUAAGAGGACAACAAGGAACUUAUCCUAUAAAAUUGUUUUAUACUAGUAAUAUACCCAUUAUAUUACAAACAGCUUUGGUAUCGAACUUAUACUUCUUUUCUCAGAUUUUAUAUAAAAGAUUUAAGAAUAGUAUCUUAGUGAAUUUAUUAGGACAAUGGCAAGAAGUAGAAUCGAGUGGUACAUCUAUACCUAUUGGAGGUUUAGCAUAUUAUAUAUCACCACCUAAUUCUUUUGCAGAUAUCACAAAUGAUCCAUUCCAUACAUUGGUAUAUAUAUCAUUUGUAUUAAUUGCCUGUGCUUUUUUUUCGAAAACUUGGAUUGAAGUAUCAGGAAGUUCAGCUAAAGAUGUAGCAAAACAAUUAAGAGAUCAACAAAUUGGAAUGAGAGGAUUCAGAGAUACACCUACAUCCUUAACACGUGUAUUUAAUAGAUACAUCCCAACUGCUGCAGCUUUUGGUGGAAUGUGUAUUGGAGCUCUAACAAUUCUUGCUGAUUUUCUUGGAGCUUUAGGAAGUGGUACAGGUAUAUUAUUAGCAGUAACAAUAAUUUAUCAGUUUUAUGAGAUGUUAGUAAAAGAACAAGAAAAAGCAGCAUCAUUAUUUUAG